CUCUUUUUUUCCCCAAAUUUCCUUUCCUUCUCUUCCUUUCCCACAAUUCUUCCCCUUCUUCCCUUCCCUACAAUUUUUCCCUUCCUUCCAAAGUCGGUGCCUUUUUCUCCCGUCGCCGGACCUCUGUCGCAUUUCCCGCCGCCGACGUUGACUUCAGCCUCGCUCACGCCGCCGCACACUACUGAGCUGCAGGUUUUAACGCCACCCAAAUCUUCAACCGUUGCUGGGAAUUUCAUAGCUGAAUAUGCAUCCUCCUCUAACUUUGCACAAGCAUCCGAUGUGUGCUGAAAUUAUUGAGCAAUUUCAGAAGUGUCAUAUAGACCAUCCUGUUGGAAAAUUUUUUGGUGAAUGCACAGAUCUCAAAAUUAAGCUCGAUCAAUGUUUCAGGCAGGAAAAAGCUUUGAAACGUAAGGCAAACUUUGAACAGAGUAAAAAAAUGAAGGAAAGGCUAGACGCUUUAAGAAAGGAAAAUGCUUUGUGAAAUAGCUAGGGAGGAGGGUAUGGCUCUCAUGGAAAAUUUUCAGGUGGAAAUAUUUAACUAAUCGAAUGACCAGGAUUGAGAGGACACGUAAAUUCAUUAUAGCAAUAAAAAAUUUGUUGCUAGUUUCAAUGGUUGGAGAACUUGAAUGACUCCUCCAGAGUGUGGAAGCUAAGAGAUAGAUAUGAUAUAGUGAACACCAAACUUGUAGAUUGUGAAGUGAUGUUGAGCAACACUGCAGUUUGGGUUCGGAAAUUUGAUAUUUACAAGGGCUGUUUAGAUGGGAAUGUGGUUUUUGAAUGCUUGAAAACUGGUGAUAGACUCGUAAUAUUAAUCAUGUUUAGUUGACAUAAUUGAUGAUUUACAGCAAUAAUUGUGUUGAGACGAUGAGAAA